AUGUCUCAACAACAACAACACACAUCCUACUGUCCAUGUCUGACUUACUCAAUGUCUCGAUCCUCAAUCACCAAGCCCAUCCUCUUUGCCCACCUAACCAACCAACUCCAAGUCCAUUCCAAGCCCAUCUCCUCCAUCCUCUCAGCCCAACCACACACCCUCAAACCCUUACCUACCUCACCCCAUCAAUCCCCUUAUAACCCAUCAUCCUCCCAAUCAUCAUCAGAAGAACCAGAAGAAGAGAUCCCCGAGGUGGAAGAGGAGGAGCAGGAAGCCUUUGCCUCAGCUGUUCAAUCCCCAGCCAUUGGUGAGGUCAAUGAUCUCCCUUUGCAUCAGAAUGUCCUGAUGGAAACCAAACAAAUCACCUCUUUGACCAGGUUGAAAUCAUCUCCCGAAUCAUCACUGUCCCGACCAUCAAUUGAGUCCUCUCACAAUCAGCAGAAGACAAGGCUUUCCAACUGGCAGAAGAACCUUGAGUCAGUCAUUUGUGAUCAAUCAAACCAACUCAUUUUCAAAGCAAGUACUCAUAACUAA